AUGGACGUAGACACCAUAGAAGAAAUCCAGCCUCAAGAUGGCACUUCAUCAUCAAAGGUUCAUAGACCUAUGUUCCUACCUGUGGAUGAAGCGCAUCCGUUUGAUCUGGAUAGUUAUAUCGCGAACUACUCAGGCCGUACAGCGAUCGACCGGCUCGUGUUCAUAAUCGUACUCUGCCCAUCCAUCGCCCCAGAAGCCUUCUCGCUAUGUGUGAAACGCAUACACCGCUCGCGCGAUCCGUCUUUGUACCAGCAUCUCUUGCAGGCGUACGAGCAGACGGCGAACGCUGCUGCAUCGGACGGGGGCCUUGACAUUAGUUUACCGAAUACGAUGGACCUCGCUGAGCUCGAUACGAAGUGGGUGGACGACGUGACGGCGGAGAACCAGGCGGAUCGGGUAAAGCUGGAGGUUGAGCUCAAGACGUAUAGCAAUAAUAUGAUCAAGGAGAGCAUCAGAAUGGCGCAUCGCGAUCUGGGCAAUUUCUAUCGCUCGAUAGGCGACUUUGGUACGGCGCUGAAGCACUACACCAAAUCGCGCGAGUUCUGCACGACGAGCCAUCACGUCCUCGAUAUGUGCAUGUCGAUCCUCGAGCUCCUAAUCGAACAAAGGAACUACGCUCAUAUCACAACCUACGUCUUCAAAGCAGAUGCAGCGCUGGACGCAGCUACAGCAGCCUCGGCCUCUGCUACGGCCGCUACAGCCAACUCGUCCGGUAAUCCCGCCGCAAUUGCGCAGGCGAUGAAGAAGACAGGAGGAAAGAACGAGAGGGACGCAGUGCAGGCCAAACUCGACUUUGCGACGGCGCUGUCGCACCUCGGCCAGGGGUCUUAUGAGAAGGCUGCGAAUGCAUUUUUGAAAGUUGGACCCGCGAAAGACCUUGGGCAUUGGAUUGGACAGCUCAUCGCGCCCGGUGAUAUUGCGAUCUAUGGCACACUAUGUGCACUGGCCACGUUCCCGCGGUCGACAAUAAAAGCGAGAGUGUUGGAAAACGUAACAUUUAGCGCAUACAUUGAACAGGAACCUUACAUCCGCGAGCUCAUCGAGGCGUACAUGAACAGCAACUUCAAAACGGUACUCGAGCUGCUUAACCGGUACUCUACUCGGCAUGGAAUUGACAUUCACCUCUCGCCACAUAUCAAUGACCUUGCAACCGCGAUCCGCAACAGGGCUCUAGUGCUCUACUUCCAGCCCUUCGCGACGAUUAAACUGGAACGGAUGAGCGCUGCCUUUGGGUGGACCGUCGAGGAGGUCGAGCAGCACGUUGUCAAUCUCAUCCAGGCAGGAGAUAUCCAGGGCCGAGUGGACAGUCAAAAUAAGAUCUUGAAAGCAAAGAAGACAGAUUAUCGGGAUGAGCUCUUUGCUCGCGCUAUCAAGGCCGGCACCGAUAUGCAGGCCGCAAAUAGAAAGCUGCUGCUUCGCAUGCGAUUACAACAAGCAGACCUCAUCGUCAAACCUCCAAAAGGGGCCAAUCAGUCGGGUGUCUUGACUGAUUUUUACGCUGGUGGAGAGUGA